AUGUCCUCGUCCUCAAGCUUGGAAAGAGCUCUGAGGCAGCGGCUGGAGGAAAGGAAGUCAAAAUCACAACUACGCCGGCUGACCUCCUUCCCCUCGACGAGCGUCGACUUCUCCUCCAACUCCUAUCUCUCGCUCUCUGCCGUGCCAGAGGUUCAAAAAGCCUACAUAGCACACCUUGAACAGCUGAUCGCGUCGAAUUCUCGAACGUCCAUCCUGGGAUCCAGCGGCUCCAGGCUCCUCGACGGCAAUUCGAACUAUGCCGAAGCGCUGGAACACGACGUUGCCGCAUUCCACCAUGCUCCUGCCGGUCUGCUUUUCAACUCGGGCUUCGACGCCAACGUGGGCUUGUUCAGUUGCGUCCCUCAGCCAGGAGAUGUCGUGGUCUACGAUGAGCUCGUGCACGCCAGCGCCCACGACGGCAUGAGGAUGAGCCGCGCCGCCCAACGACUGCCGUUCAAGCACAACAGCGUCUCCCCAGCGAGGCCCCACACUCUGGGCCAUACUCCGCCAGCACGACAAAGCCUGAGUGAGAUCCUCGUAGCAUUGACCCAGGGCGCGAACGGUCGAGAGGUCAGGGCCGGGACGCGAAACGUCUUCGUCGCCGUCGAGGCCGUCUACAGCAUGGACGGCGACGUUGCGCCGCUGCGGGAAAUCGUCGACUGCAUCAAGCAGCACUUGACCCGCGGCAAUGGUCGGCUCAUCGUUGAUGAGGCGCAUUCGACAGGCCUCUUCGGCCUGCAAGGCCGCGGCCUGGUGUGCGAGCUCGGGCUCGAGCGCGAUGUCUUUGCGCGCCUGCACACCUUCGGCAAGGCUAUGGGGGCUUCAGGGGCCAUCCUCUCCUGCGCGCCGGUUGUCAGGGAGUACCUGAUCAAUUACGCGCGUACCUUGAUCUACACGACGGCCAUGUCGCCGGCGAGCUGGCGGGCAUCAGGGUCACGUACGAUUUCGUAG